AGGAACUCACUUAUUCGCGGAGUUUCCAAAAAAAACAAAUAAAGCUUUAAAACGUUAGUUUUAUAUUCGCACCAAUUUUAAGCUUCUCUCUCUCUCUCUCUCUCUCCCCAACCUUCUUUUUCCUGGAAUUGCAGUUGCUUCGUUGAAAUAACGGAAUCUCUCCUCAACCCAUUGAUCUUUUUAACGUCUUUAUCUACUUUGCAUUUGUAUUUUCUUCCAUUGUCAAUGUUGUGCUCAAGUUCAUCUGGAAAUUGAACGUGUUUUGAGCUAGGGUUCAUUUCUUGUCUGAAACAAAACAGGAUUGUUGUUAAUUUGUGAGUAUAUUCAACUUUACGAAUCGUGGGGGUGAUUUAUUAAUGGCGUCAAGUUUUGAUCGGUGGGAGAAAGAUCCAUUUUUCUCGGCGGCCGAGGAAGUUCAAGAAUCCGCAGACAGGAUGGAAUCUACAUAUAGAACAUGGAUUCAUGCCAAGAAAGACACUUCCAGUAUGUGGGAUCCCGAGGAACUUCACAGGGAUCUCCGUACAACCCUUGGAACUACCAAAUGGCAGUUGGAGGAGUUUGCGCGAGCUGUCAGGUCAAGUUAUGCUAGAAGCUCAUGUGAAGAUGCAAGAGACAGGCACCAUGAAUUCAUUGUUGCCAUUGAGGACCAGAUUUCCAAAAUUGAAAUCUCAUUACGGGAAGUUGCCCUUUCUGAAGGCAAGGAUUCUCAACCUUGGGUGCGUUUGGAUGAAGGGGAGUGCAAUGAGCUUGCAUUUUUUCUUUCCGGACCAUCUGCAUCUAAAGAGAGAGUUAUUGCUUUGAGUAACGACAGGGAUAGUGAAAACCUACGAGGGACAGAUAAAGAAUCGGCACCAGGUUGUUCGAAGAAUUCAUGUGGUUCAGCUGAGUAUGGUUCCCAGAAGACUAGGGAGGAGAAGCCACACGGGCAUAGGAGGACAGCUAGUGCUAGUGCUGACAUUGGUGUUUGGAAGAUUGCAGUUUUUGACGAUGCAUACUUACCGAGUUCUUCUGCGAUGAUGGUUGAGCAACCUGUACGAAAGAUUCCCAGUUUCUCUGGGUUUAUUAGUUCCAUGGAAACCGCAUCAAAGUUGAAGUGGUCAAAGAAUGGUUUUAGGAAGUGGAAGGCAGUGGACCGUCAUGAAGAUGCUGAUGCUGCAUUGUUGCCAUCUUCUCAGUUGUCUAGGGGCAUCAAUGCUUGUUAUGAAAAAAGUAAGAGUUGUUUGGAUAGUUGCGACGACUGUUAUGAUAAACCAUUGUAUGGCUGGUACGGAGCUAUUCAGAGACAACUUCAAAGGUCUCAGUACUACGUGCAAUAUAGUUGGCCUGCCCGUGUAGCUUUUUGGAUUGCUCUUGUUUGCUUGAUUGUUUUAAUUGCAUUGCGUGCUAUCUGAGCCGUGGCCCUUGUCCAUAGUACCUCAUGACAGCUCGAGGGGAAAUCCAAGCUGUCAAUUGUUGAACAUAGAGGUGGAAUAUUGAGUUCAAAAGAUUACAAUAUUAUUUUCACACAUUGUUGAAGCGUCUAGCGGUGAACACAACCUACAACCUUCAGAGAAUUUCCCUUUUGUUUUGUUUUUCAAUUUCGACAUCCUUGAAGGAGGGUAAAUUCUGUUGUAUUAUAGAACAAAAAUUUCAGAUAAGCUGGAACGGGGUUGUAAGCUGAAAGAUAUUGCUAAUGCAUCCUGUAAUAUAAUUUUUUUUUUUUUUAAUGUACUGGUACUAUUUGUGUA